GGCUACCUGGCCCCAGUGAGAGGCUGUGCUCCGUGCUCUGUGCUAUGUGACCAUGUGACCAUGUGAAGGGUAGCUCCAGGCCUGACUAAUAUCAGGUGCAUCAAUGCCGCCCGAGGGCUCGACUGCACAAGAAUAAGCCACACCCGCCCAGGGCCAGCACCUCAGAGAGGCAGAGAGAGAGAGAGAGGAGGAAGAGACACAUACAUACACACACAACACACACACUCGCGCAUCAGAGAUCUCAGAGAACCUGGCGAUCACACUGAGCGGAUCAUCUGCGCGAACUUCGGGCGAAGCCUGUUGUCCCCCGACACACCAACUUUGCUUCACGGACCGCAACAAGGCGCUUCUCCACUCCAGAGUCGAACUAUGCUACUGGAACCGGCAUCUACUGAGACGGAGGUGGGUACCUCUAAACCUGAGAAAGACACCCCCAAAAUGGAUAGUCGACAAGAACGCAAGCCCAAGAAACCUCACUAUAUCCCCCGGCCACCUGGCAAACCCUUCAAAUACCAGUGCUUCCAGUGUCCGUUCACCUGCAACGUGAAGUCCCACCUCUUCAACCACAUGAAGUACAACCUGUGCAAGAACUCCAUGUCUUUGGUGUCACAGCGAGCGGAGCACACCGGCAAGUCGGCCAAAGCCCUGCUGCAAAGCACCCCAAAGGAGAUACCCCUAAACUCUCCGGUGGAGAAGACCCUGGUGUGCGAUGUCGAAAGUGUGAAGCUCCAAGAUGAGAAACCAGAAGAGAAACCUCAGGAGGACUACAGCGUGCAGGACAAGAGGAUGCCUGAGGAGGUACCCAAAGACGACUUUCCAGAAGAAGAUUCCAGAAUUCCUAUCGCGAAACCUACGGAGAAGAUGGAGGACAAAGCUGCCUACAAAAGCUCCUCUGCCUUCUCCCCAGUAACCCCUCUCAGAGAAAAGAAAGACGCCCAAGUCUCCACCAAAGCUGACCGGCCUCCUGCUUCAGCCUCCCCAUUCGCCCACUCCUCCAUCACGUGGGCUCACGCCCCGGCGACGGUCAAGCCUCUCCUCCCUCAUCUGAUCCCAGACUAUCCUCCAUAUGUGUUGCCAGACCGGCCUAUGCAUUCCCUCUACCAGCCUUACUUAAUCCCAAGUAACCAUCCUUUGCCCAGCGGAACCAGUGUACCUGGUGUACCUUCUUACCUCGCCGACGUUCUCGACCCACGGUUCCCUCACUUCAGUUCCAUGGCUCCGCCACCUUUGGACGCCGCUAGUCCAUCCAUCCUCCAGCACUACCACUACAGACCCGGCCAGCCCGCGUACCAGACCUCCCCUCUGCAGUACGGGCUCUACCACCCCUCCAUGCUCCCUGCUACGCUGCAGACGCCGCGCUACAUCCCGCUGGAGAUGUACGGCCACGCCGGCUACACCGUGAGGGAUUACAGGAGCUACGCCCCUCCGGGAACUCCGAACGACUCGCUGUUUGCAACCCAGCGUGAUGAGGGGCAGAGCAGCCAGGAGCAUCAGCAACAGCAGCAGCAGCAGCAGCAGCAACAGCAGCAGGACAAGACUACGCGGCUGAGUCCCAGAACGGGCUGCGCUGCGUCCGGUUCCCCAGAUCGGCCCAACAACGGCGCACACAGCCAGGCGGAGUCGUCGACAGAGGACCAGCACACCGCUCAGCCAAGCUCCAAAUCGCUGCAGUCGAGGCAAGGUGCCAGUCCAGCCUCCAGACCUCUUACGUCCAUGCCAAUUCCACCACAGACCUCGCUUAAGCAGAGGAUACUGCAGCGGCAAGGGGGGACGCAGGCACAAGCCAGCGAGGUCUGCAGUGAUUCACACAGCGAUCAAGAGGCCGACGAUGAAAUGGACGACGACCAGGCUCCUCUUGACCUCUCAAAGAGGGACCGCGUGAAGCAGCGCGGCCAGACAGAGGGCGGCGACAGUGCUGCCGGCGCUCAGAACGAAAUGCCUCUGAACCUCUGCAUCAAAACCCGACCCAGCAGCCCGGCUCCGCGCACCACACAGGCCCGCUCUCCAGCGCCUGGCGCUUCGCUCAGGUCGUCGAGCGCCACCGGGUCGAGAACGCAGCAGCAGCAGCAGCAUCAUUCUGAAGGGGAACACAAUGACCAAAGACAGACGGCCGCCUUUGCACUCUGCCAGCUGGCUUGUUCCAGUUCCCAAAGUCAGGACAGCAGCAGCAGCAGUAUCAGCAGCAGCAGCAGCAGCAGCAAGAGCAAGGAAAGUCCACUCUGCCCAAGCCUGCCGGCUUCAGAACGGACAGAGAAGGCCGACUGCAACGCUGAAACCAGGCUCAGCGUAACGAGAGCCAAUCAGGCGCAGGAGGAAAGCGUCGGGGAGAGCAAGAGCGAAGCACCAAAGAGGACCGGGAAAAAGGCGGGUGCCAAACAACCGAGCCACGUUCCCAAGAAAAGGCCUCGAUGCAGCUAACUCGGUGGACUUGGACUUAAAAGCCAUUUUGGCUAAUGUACAAAUUGUUAAUGGAUAAAAGCUUGUUACGGUUACGAAAUGUUCUUCCCAAAUAUGAAAAUGUCAAUUCUUUGUACUUUUGAACAAAAUGUAUGUACUUUUUGUAAUGUAUUAUAAAACCAAAGUGACCAAAUCAGUAUGCACUGUAAAUUACAGGGUAGUGGUAUGUUAUAUAUUAAAUGCUGCUUUAAAAUGCUUUGCUUUA